GUAUGGCCCCGCCCUGGCCGACGGGAUCCCUGCGGACCCCGCGGUGCGCUUCCGGUCGCGCUCGGCGUGGUCGCUCGAGCCGCGCGGUGUCUGCCAUGGCGCCUCGCGGGAGGAAGCGCAAGGCCGAGGCCACGGAGGUCUGCCCUGCAGGGAAGCGGGGGGAGCCGGCGGACGGCGGGACGGAGGCCCAGGUGGUCAUCGAACACUGCACCAGCUGACGCGUGUACGCGCGCCAGGCCGCGGCGCUGAGCCAGGCGCUACGCGUGGCGGCCCCGCAGCUGGCGGUGGCACUCAACCCGGUGCGGCCGCGGAGGGGAAGCUUUGAGGUGACGCUGCGGCGCGCGGACGGCAGCGAUGCUCAGCUCUGGACUGGAAUUAAGAAGGGACCACCACGCAAACUCAAGUUCCCGGAGCCGCAGGCCGUGGUGGAGGAGCUGAAAAGGCAUCUUGCAUAGGAGUUCGGGCGGAAAGCCCAGCUGAGCGUUUCUGUUCUGAUGCUGUCGGGGCGUCUGUGACGGGACAUGGCCCAACUUCAGCCAUGGACCUGAAGCCAUGGUCUCUGGCACCGCAGAAACCAGCGCUCGCCUGAGACAGCCCACACAAAGGGUUGUAAACUGUUUGGAUUUGGUUUGUUUAAUAAAAGGUGAAAUGUAGUACCUGGA